AUGGACCUGGAGAUUACAAAGAAGAACAUUUUGAAAUAUGAACAGCUUCACGUGAAUCAAGAAUGGAAAGAGAGACUCUCCGAGUCCCAGAAUUCGGGAAGGACUCGAGUACCCGAUUAUGAUGGUGUGGUUGUAUUCGAAGGGGAGUCUUUGGAGAAGAUCGCAGAGGUUGUCCAACACCCCGAAUACAUAGAGAAAGUCAUCAGUGAUGCGUCAUCGAAGCUCUUCAAAGCUGAGACCGUUCAUGGAGCAUUCAAUAUCGCUACCAUCAUACAUAAGCCUCCGAGCGGAACCGGUGGUGACGCCAAACUUCCGGAAGUGCCAGGUCCUGAGGGCAUCGUUCGACAGGAUCAUGUUGAAAGGCUGCUUGUUCUUAUUCACAAGAAAGAUGGUCUCAGUCAAGCGGAGUUCAGUAAUUAUUGGUUGAACGUCCAUGCUCUGUUGGUCAAACCUUCACUGGUUACUAACCCGCAGGUUACGAAGCACAAGCAGCUUCACGCUCAUCAGGGAUCAGGACUCAUGCCCGGGAAUACUUCAGACUGGGACGGAAUCGGUGUGAUCAAAGGAGAAUCGAUUGUGAACUUCGCUGUGGCGCCACGAUAA